CUCUAGCUGUCAGCGGUGUGCCACCUCUAGCUUGCAUGGAAAGAUUGUCAAAAAAAGCCGAAAUAUUGAGUUUUAGUUGACAUACAAUAGUUCUGAAAUGGCGGCGGGUCCAAUUGCUGAACGCAACCAAGAUGCCACCAUCUAUGCCGGCGGUUUGGACGACAAGGUUUCGGAAACGCUCCUCUGGGAGCUCUUCGUCCAGGCCGGACCCGUGGUUAAUGUCCACAUGCCCAAGGACCGGGUCACGCAGAUGCACCAGGGCUAUGGCUUCGUGGAGUUCCUGAGCGAGGAGGACGCCGACUAUGCCAUCAAAAUCAUGAACAUGAUCAAGCUGUAUGGCAAACCCAUACGCGUGAACAAGGCGUCGGCUCACCAGAAGAACCUCGACGUUGGCGCCAACAUUUUCAUUGGCAACCUGGACGUGGAGGUGGACGAGAAGCUGCUCUACGACACCUUCUCGGCCUUCGGUGUCAUCCUGCAGACGCCGAAGAUCAUGCGCGACCCGGAGACGGGCAAGUCGAAGAGCUUCGCCUUCAUUAACUUUGCCAGUUUUGAGGCCAGUGACGCGGCAAUGGACGCCAUGAACGGCCAGUACCUCUGCAAUCGCCCCAUUUCGGUUUCCUACGCCUUCAAGAAGGACCACAAGGGCGAGCGCCACGGCUCGGCGGCUGAGCGUCUCCUGGCCGCCCAGAAUCCAUCGGCCCACGCCGAUCGUCCUCACCAGCUGUUCGCCGACGCACCCGUACAGAGCAUGAUGCCUGGCCAGAUGAUGCCCGGCCAGAUAAUGCCGCCACCGAUGAUGGCACCGCCGCCGCCCGUGGUGCCCGUCUCCAACAACAACAUGAGCAUGAUUGCGCCGCCACCGCCUGUGCCACAGCCGACGCCGUUCCCAGCCACGAUACCGCCACCUCCGCUUCCACCCUUGGCCGGUGGCCAGCCGCCACUGCCCCCGGCGAUGGGUAUACCGCCGCCGCCGCGCAUGAUGCAGGCGAAUGCCUGGGCGCCGCCCGGUAUGCCAGCGCCGCCGCCGAGACCGCCGCCCACCAACUGGCGUCCGCCGCCCGUGCCGUUCGCUCCCGCGCCCUUCGCCCGGCCCUACCAACCCGAUGGCUACCAGUACUAGGACUAGAGCGUAGUUUACCUCAAUUUAGACGAGAUGAAGUGAAAUAGGUUUUAAAAAUGCAUUUAGCAAAGCAGCAUCGUGUUCCGAAGCCAGA